CACUACUGACUCUCGAAGACCUCUUGGUGAUUAGGGAGGCAGAUGAUAGCGUUGAAGUGUGUCUGGGGUGUGUAUAGCUGGGAAGUAGGAAUUAGGGCGGAAUGGCGAAGACAUAUGACUAUUUGUUCAAGCUCUUAUUGAUUGGUGACUCUGGCGUAGGGAAGACUUGUGUUCUUUUCAGGUUUUCGGAAGAUGCAUUCAACUCGACCUUCAUUUCAACAAUUGGCAUUGACUUCAAGAUUCGGACCAUUGAGCUCGACGGAAAGAAGAUAAAGCUACAGAUAUGGGACACAGCCGGUCAGGAGCGGUUUCGCACCAUCACAACGGCCUACUACCGCGGCGCCAUGGGCAUCCUUCUGGUGUAUGACAUCACCAGUGACAAGUCUUUCGACAACAUCAAAAACUGGAUCCGCAACAUCGAAGAGCAUGCGUCCGCGGAUGUCGAGAAGAUGAUCCUGGGCAACAAGUGUGACAUGAACGAGAAGCGGCAGGUAUCGAGGGAACGCGGUGAGCAGCUGGCCAACGAGUACGGCAUCAAGUUUCUCGAGACGUCCGCAAAGUCUUCCAUCAACGUGGAGGAAGCGUUCUUCACCCUGGCCAGAGACAUCAAGUCGAAAAUGGAGAAGAAAGGUGAGUGGGGACAAAGCUCUUGUAAUGGGCGGCACGCAUGGACUGCAUAUUUGCUCAUCAUGGAACUCAAUGGCUAUAACAAUAAGACCGUUACAGUAAUCGUCACCAACACAUGAGUUUGUUGAAAUUGA